GGCAGGGGAGCAUCGGUGAGGCCGGUUCACUGUGCACAAGCAUUAUCAGCAGGACCAUUCAGCCAGGCAGCCCUGUACCUCACCACCCCCCCAGCUUCCUCGUAGCCACCCCCUUCCCUCCCCCCACCUUUGGAAGCGAGACGAUCCGAGUCGCUUCCCCAGCACACCGUGUUAGAUUGCAGAUGGAGAGGGUCUAGCUCGCACUUCAGAUGAGUAGAUCGCAAGAGGGAGGAGGAGCGGUGGUAACAGCGUCGUCCUCUCUGUGAUGCCCCUCCUGCGGUCACCCCAGGAUCCUCCGCAUGUGUUCCUAGAGCAGCUGGAGCAGUGAUCCCACAGCAGCAGCAGCAGCAGCAGCAGUGCUCCAUCCUCCCUGCUUGAGUGCACAAUGAUUGUCACCACCACCGUCAUUCUCGGGGCCACCUUGGGCACCGUGUCAGCCGUCCUCACCCUUUGCUGGCUCUCGUUCUUCUGCAAGUCCUACAGGAAAGGACAGCUAGACAAGGAUGCCGACCUGAACGCUGAGAAAGUCAAACCCAGUGUUCUGCACUCCACGCAGCAGUUCUCCGUCAAGAAGUUCACGGAACCCAUCCAGCCACGGCCUCUGCUGAAGUUCCCCACGAUCUACAGGCCCAAGCCAUCCAUCACUACCCCUGAGGUGAUUGGUUACCCCAAUUACACUCCAAAAACAACAGAUAAGGCUUCGGCAGAGACGCCUGCCACCGCCGCCUCCGAGCCUGACUUUGGUAACCUAGCAACAGAUGGAUCCGAGGAGGUCUUCAUCAUGCCUAAACAAGAUUCCUCCGAGGACGCGUCCUGCACCCCGGAGAUGAAAACCGAGCCAACGGCGAACCACUCUCCCCUCAGACCCAAGUUACACUUCUCCGUCACCUACCUCGGCCAGCAAAAGGAGCUGCUCGUCACCAUUAUAGAAGCGGAGCGUGUGCGUGGGACAUCGGGCUCCGAGGGCUACAUCCUGGGGCGUCUCCGCACAGCGACGGGGGAGACAGAGGCCCGGACAACAACGCGCUGCCUGAUGGAGCGCGUCCGCUGGGAGGAACCCCUAGCCUUCCCGCUGCCCAAAGGGUAUGAGGUGGAGGGCGAGGUGGCUCUGUCCCUGCGCAGCUGUCGCCGCUUCUCCCAGCACGCGAACCUGGGCGACGCGAGAUUCAAACUGGCUGACGUUGGCAUGAUGUCAGACGCCGACUGCUGGGUGGACCUCCAACCGCCAAAGCAGGACACAAGCACGUGCGUGGGGGAGCUCCUGCUGUCCGUUAGUUACCUCCCGGCCGCCAACCGUCUGGGCGUCGUCGUCAUGAAGGCCAGGGAGCUACAGUCAGACAAGUUGAAGGACACCAUUGACCUGUCAGUGAAACUGACCCUGAAGCAUCAGUCCAGCAAGCUGAAGAAGAAACAGACACGGCGGGUCAAACACAAGAUGAACCCAGUGUGGAAUGAGAUGAUGAUGCUGGAGGUCCCCCAGGAGCUGCUGCCCAACUCCAGCCUGGAGCUGGAGGUCCUAAACCAGGCCGGCCCGGGCAAGGUGGACACCCUAGGCCGCUGCCAACUGGGCCUGCAGGCUUUUGGCACGGGGAUCCAGCACUGGCAGCAGAUGCUAGACAGCCCCCGCAAACAGAUCGCCAUGUGGCACCCCCUCCACGUGUGAGACCACUCCCUCCAUCCCAUUAUUAUCAAUCAUUGCAAUGAAUGGUACCAGGACUCAUAUGAGUCCCACCCCUAGCUCUGGAAAUCCCAGCACAGGUUAGCCCAGGAUAUUCCCUCCUGCUUCAAAAUCCAUUUUCACCAUGAAAGGCACCGGCCGUCAUGACAUCCAUUGCGGUCCUGCCCCACUGCCUUAUUUUGAGUUCUUUCCGGGAUCCUUUCGCUCAGUAACAUUUAACUCCAAAUGUAGCUAAACUGGAGAGAGUUUACCUCUACCACUUUUAUGUUUACCACCAGCAUAGUGGGAAGCACUUAGAGUCAUGGCCCUGUCCCCACAUGCCCCACGUUCAAAUCCCUGCUAUCAGUGUAGUACCCGUGAGCAAGGUCCUCAACCUGAAUUGCCCCCAGAAAAUGUGCCGAGCUGCGCAAACGGGUUAAGUAACUGGUGAGUGCUCAAGAUUGUAGAUCACCUUGGAGAACAGCGUGAGCAGAAUAAUGGUUAUUACGUUACUCUGAAUUCAUUCUCUAUUGGGCAACAAUUCAGAGGCUUCCCUAUCCUGUGUGGACCGUGUAUCUCUCGAUUUCGUCUUAAAACGGGACAAAGGCGAAGCUUUUUACAGUGAGUAACGCUGUAGUGUACACUAAUUGUCCGUAGUUGUGUAAAGGCAGUCAGGGGGUCAGUAGGUCACACUGACGUAUAAUCUCCUACUCGCCAAUGUCUGCAGUCGUUAGGCUCAUCUUAAACCGUAUCCUAUCGGUCAGCGCCCUCGAGAUAAAGUCCACGCUUCAAAACACAAAUCGAUAACGCGUUGACGUGAUGGGAGUGGGACAUAUUUCACAUUACUGAAUUUGUAUGAUUUGUUUUAUGCAAUUUAUCUUCAUCACACAACAGCCAACUUUUAUUGUAAUACUAAUUUUCGGCUGCUCGGUGAGAAUAAAAAAAUGGAAUUCACUAAACUUGGUUCAUUUAACGAACAAGUCGCGAGGAACAUUAUCCUCUCGUUUGCACCCAGAACGACACGCACUUUGAUUAUGGGAACAUCGAGCUCAAAAGUGGUUCUCAGGACAGAUUGUUACAUACAUCUAAAAUUUACUCAGAACAGUAAUCAUGCUUUAAAAUAGUGAAACAUCCUUCUACGGCAGCUGCACUUUGACAUUUAAUUUAAAUUACACAAGGAAGCUUUUACAUUGUGGAUAUUUUUCCACAAAUCCAAAUCCACAGUGCGCACAAGGAAGUAUUGCAAUGAAGAGGUAUUGGAAAUAUUAAGAAAUAUAAGCCGUACAUCAUUCAAUUACAUGAGCUGUUUUAAACCAGAAGCGACAAUUUUAAAUAUAUAUGUGAAAUUCUUUAUUUAUUGUUUUUCAUCUUCUGCCAAAAAAAAUAAAAUAAUGACACUUUGACAUCUGUUUAAAAUUAUAAUUAAGAUAAUUUUACAAUUUGCAAGCGCUCUAACCUUUGCUUCAUAUGAUUUCAUGUUCAGUGUGUUACUGAAUUUAGAUCAUAUACUGCCACAGAAUUAACAACUUCUUGAACAAAGGUGCUUAAUCGAUGAAACUGUCACGUUCGACUCAAAAUGCUUCUCUCAAUAUGUCAUUAGUUAUAGGCAGAGGGGGCUUCCAAUAUCUGUCCCGAACUUCCAUGUAAAACUUUUAAUAGUUGGCAAAGUGUAAACGUCCAAGAUAUUUUGGAAAAAUGUGGUAUUUCUUGUGGUGCAGGAGCCAAUACACAACCUGUGAAAGUUUUUAUACCGGAGGACGUUCCGUAAGUAAUUUUUUACAAAAAAAAAAUAAAAAACAGCUCUGGGAAAAGGGGAAUACUGAUUUGGUACAAAUAGUAAAAGACAGAAAUGCAGUGAUUUCCACCUUUCUUCAGCUAAACUAUCAUUUCCGAGGUACCCCUGGAGUUGCACCUUAAACCGGAAAACACGAGGUGUUGCUGUAUUGUGUUAUGAAAGGCUUCGCUUUCGAAAAAUCAGACGGAGGAAAAAUCCGGAUCUUACUAGAACCUUUAAGCACACUUUGCCUGCAAAAGACUCUUUUGUACAGUAGAAACAGUGGCUCGUUUCACUAACAAUGUGUAAAUACAGUAUAUAGUUUCAUUAAUGUAAUAGCUGGGCUUCGGACAAGGAUAAUGAAACUGCCCAAAUUUUUCUUACAUGAGUAUAGCGUUAUCAGUAAAGUAAACGUUGCAGCCGGACAAAUCGCUUACGGUUUGAAAGGGAUGUUCCACGGUUUCAUUGUGUCAUUUUAAAUCACGUGUGAUGUUUAUUUAUGAAAAAGUUACUUCUGUAUUGAAUUUCCUUGAACUUAGAACAACUAGAGUAUAUGUGCAUUUAAAUUUGUGCUCAAAUAAAUGUACUUUUGUAAAACUGUGUGUAAAGUCCUUACAAAGAGAAAAUGCUCACUGUACCUUAAUGCAAGGUAUCGUUUGCAUUAAAAGUAAAUAAAGAAAUAUAUGGAAUUUGUGCAAAUCUGACAUUUUUUUUCAUAUUUUCCUCGAGAGGCUUUGGAG